GAUAUCCUUGUAACGGUGUUUGAGAACGGAAGGUUGCUUGUUGACUACAGUCUGGAUGAAAUCAGGGAACGGGCUGAAAUUGAUAUCGUCAAAGAACAUCAACGGAAGAUGGUAAGCGAUGAAAAAACAACAGUGACUGCAGUGAACGGCGGACCAUGUGUUGCUGCCAAUGGUAACGUCGUUUCGUAG